GUUUAAUACAACUUUGAAGAACGGAUAAGAUUUCAUAAUGUUUAAUUUUAUGUUCGUCUUCAUCGUAGUCCUUCCGUCUGCUCUUACUUCAAACACAUUCUUUUCUCAAGGAUCAACUCUGUAUCGAGAUGAUGCAAGACAAACUGUUAGACAACAUGCGUUUCUAAAGCACGACUUCCACUAUCUGAAUGUGUCUCCAAUUAGGAUAUCCUCAGUGUACGACUUCUUUGACUGCGCCUUUGAAUGUCUCAGCAAUGUUUUUUGUUUUUCUGUGAACGUGGCCGCUUCCAAAGGAGCCGAUGGAAAACUUCGGUGCGAGUUACUGUCUUCUGAUAAAUACAGAGACAAGGCACUAUAUGCGGAAAAUGAAAAUGCUCAUCACUUUACCAUCAAGCCCUCUUGUGUGUCUACCUACAAAUAUGACACCUUUGACUGUCGCUGUAAAGAAGGAUUCUUUGGACAUUACUGUGAAAAAGUUGCAGAGUCAUGCAAAGAUGUGUACGACCAAUACAUGUCAAGUUCUAGUUACCUCGUCCCUCUGAUGGUUGGCUCCGAACCGAUUCACGUUCUUUGCCAAAUGGGAAACUUUGGAUGUGGAGAUGGGGGCUGGACACCAGUCAUGAAGAUUAAUGGCGAAUUGGGAACUUUCCAUUAUGACGCGGAGUAUUGGACCGAUAAGAAGAGCUACAACCUUGCUGGAGGAAGGACUGGGUUUGAUUCACAGGAAACUAAGUUACCGACGUUCUGGAACACCUCUUUCUCUAAAAUCUGCCUCGGUAUGAGGAUCGGCCAGAACAAGAAAUUUAUUGUGAUGAACAAACAGGCCGAGUCUCUGUACUCACUGAUAGUUGAUGGGAUAUACCGCAAUACGUCACUGGGACGUGACACGUGGAAGAAGCUGAUUGGUCUAGAUGCAUCUCUUCAAUCGAACUGUAACAUGGAAGGUUUUAAUGCAGUGAGUUUACACAUUGGUCAUGCGAGGGUAAGAAUCGGCAUCAUAGGCAACAACGAAGAGGAUUGCAAACGUGCUGAUUCCUGGCUUGGGCUUGGUGCAGGAGCGAUCAAUGGUGAAUCCCUGACAUGUGGUAACUAUGCAACAGCCAACCCAGAUAAUGGUGACAGAGCCAUAGAUGCCUUUGGAUACAUCUUUGUGCAGUGAAUUUUUUACAUUUGGGUUGAUAACGUUAAGAAAGAUCCAAGAUAUGCGAGAACGUUCGACUUUGAUUCACUGCUCCCACAAAUUCAUGGGGAUAUCACUAUAACCAUUUGCACAAUACUUGCGACACUCGAGCUGAAAAAGAGGAUUUUCUGUUUUUUCAGAGUUUAAAGGCUGACGUUUCGAGCAUUAGUCCUUCGUUAGAGCGAUAUAUGAAGGCUGACGCUCUGAUGAAGGUUAACGCUCUGACACAGGGCUGACGCUCGAAACGUCAGCCUUUCAACUCUUUACGGUGGCCAAUUUACGUCAUAAACUCAGUUGAUGAUGCUAAAUUACCCUGCUAUACUCUCCCAUCGACGCAGUACCACAGUUUCUUUAGAAACUUACCCCAUUUAUUCAGUUACAGUUCACUAAAAGCAGCAGAUCUCCUUACAUUACCUAAAGCCUGUUCUCAAAUUGCGAUGAAUAAUUUCCGAGAAGUGCGAGUGCUAUGAGUUAAAGGAAUUUUAAGCGAAGUCUUUGAUAUUAGUAUCAUUUUCACAAGGGAGUUUUUGAAGUUGGUAUCAUUUUGCACGUGUGUGGUUUGAACCUCUGAGAUGAUGUAUUGUUUUCAUUGUUGGGGACGAUAUUUGUUUUUCUUGUAGCUCUUCAUCUUUGAGAACACAACGUAUAGUUAUUUGUCAAGAAAGAAAAAGAUGAGAAGCUUCUGAGCCAAUCAGCUUUUAAAACUAGUAACUGCCCGUGAAAUGAGACAAGAAGAAACAAACUCAAAGCGAGCAAAUGAUUUUUACUGUCAGAGUCAACUAGUAUGCCUACUGAACCGUCAUAUGACAGUUGUCAGUUCCAGGCGUAAAGCUUAAAUCGGGGAAAUGGUAACUGACCACGUUAAGUGGAAGUCAUAACAUUAAGCCUUAGACAUCAGCAGUCGAGGCCAAGCAGUGCAUGAUGGGUACUUAUCUGUACUCACACCACCUUGUCUUGCUAAUUGCAUAUGAUCUGCCGGAGGAUCGUGGAACUGUUAAAAGCAUGCUUAAAGUGUACCCCAAGAGACUUACAUUGACAGCUUCAUCAUCCAUCGAUUUAUCGUUUCAUGAUAUCGAAUCUUUAAAACUUAUGAGCUAAAUAAGUUCAAGAAUUUUCAACCACAGAAUCGCGAGAUAAUUUCAGACCCGUGUAUUAUUCUUAUAUCGCUAUUUCAGGGAAAAACUAUGUAGGAUACGUAUUCACAAUAUGU